AUGGGAAUUACAAUGGUAUCCAAAACGAGCCCCCCGGCUGUUGUCAUCGAACAAAGUCACCGGAAAGACACAAUCGGCGCUGGGCUGUGGGUAUCGUGUUGCAAUAGGGUAAUAGGCACAUUUCCGUGUCAGCAGAGCGCACGGGGGGUAACCCGCGACGCCUGUGCGCCGGCCGCCGGAGUCCCUGGAACCGCCACACCUCGCUCGCUCGCUCAGCCUCGCGAUACUUGCGCUUUAAAAUGGCUACAGUGUAGCCGGGUGAGUGUUGCGAACGUCAUCCGGUGCCCGCGCCGUCCCCGCGCCCGACCCCCCGUGGGAGGCAGUGUGCGUCCGGACCGGGACCGGGGCUGGUGCCGGGGCCCGAGCCCGAGCCCCUGCCCCGCACGCCGCGGUGACCGGGCCGCCCGGCAGUUGCGGGUAGUGCGAAGACAGAAACAUCGGGACAAGUGGUUUUGCUUGGAGUCUGGUGUCAGCUCCUCCUCAUUCAAGCCGGCGUCUUACGAUGAGCCCAGUCCCAGAGCUGGCAGAAUCAUGUCUCACAGUACGGAACCAGAAAAGAGGAUGGUAGCCGCCACCCAGUCACUGGAGGGGAAAGUAUAUAACUGUUGUACACGUGACUGCAAGCAAUCGUUCUCAACCAUGCACCUCCUGAUGAAUCAUAUGAGGGUACAUCAUAAACCCAACCGAUAUUUCAAAUGUCUGACGUGUAAAGGACGAUUUCAUAAACCUCAGUCUUUUUACAAACAUCAGCAUGUGUGCUGUAGUGAAGUGAAUAAUGUGGUACAGAAGCGGUGUCCCAGCCCUCUGUCUGCGAGUGAACCCGACGUACGGGUUAAACAAGCAGCCCCAGUGGAGCCGGUGAAAUUUCAAAGUGUUAUUAAGCAGCUGGAAAAGGAUGGCAAUGAGGACAUUGUUAGUACUGCCCCCAGUUCAAAGCCAGUCACCCUACUCCCAAGUGGCUUACCAAGUCUGCACACUUCAUUAAACACAAUGCCAUUAGUUUCUGCAACGCCACAUGCAUUUUCACUGCUGGAGCCAUCACUCUUUGCCACACCCAGCCUAAGGUUUCCUAGCCAGGGGCACACUCCGGUGCCUGGCCCCUUCAUUCCAUACAUACACCCAACACCUUUUGGCCUCCCUCAAAGUGCCACGCAGCCACGUCUUGGAUCAUACGUUCCUUCCGAAAGCCUGCCGUUCUCCAAUGCAGUCUGGAGGAAGACUACCGCUCAGUCAGCCAAUAGCAGAAUUGAAUGGGAACACACCAGGGGUCGAUAUAACUGUAUGCAGUGUCCAUACUCCAGUGAGGCACGGGAAGAAAUGAUCCUGCACAUUCAAGAGCAUAACAAAGUCCUCAGCAGCAGAUUAGUGAAUGAAAAGGGCAUGUUCAUAAAUCCUGGUGACAACUACAGUGCAUUGUCAAUGCAGUUCAGUGAGUCUUUGUUAACUUAAGUUUCCCUGGACCAUGGCCUGUAUCUAGAAAGGCAGACACCAAUAUCUCAUGCUUCAGAGUUGAAAGUUCAGCAGUGUGCAUUAUGAUUAUUAGUGAAUUUGGGGCCCAGUGGUUUUUCUUUCCCUCCCCCCUUUUUUUUUUGCAAGUU